AACCCUCUCUCUCUUUCUCUCUAUCUUCAACAGCAGCCAUGGCGAUGCGCUUGGUCCGCUUCCGGCGAGCCCUCGCCGCGCCGCCGGCGCCGGCCCUCCGCCGCCCCCUCGCCGCGCUCCCCAGCCCCCGCCGCCCCCGCGCCGGCGCCGUCCCCGUCGCGGCAUGCGACGCCGCCUCCCGCGGCAAACGCGCUGCGGCCUCGCUCCUCGUCGGCGGCGGCGGCAGCGGCGGCGGCGUCGCUGCUGUUCUCGCGGUCGCUGGCCUACAACGCCGGCGGCUACAACGACGGCGACAAGAUCGAUCCGGACACGGUGCUCUUCGAGGGGUGCGACUUCAACCACUGGCUCAUCACCGUGGACUUCCCCAAGGACCCCAAGCCCACGCCCGAGGAGAUGGUUCGCACCUACGAGGAGACUUGCGCCAGAGGGCUCAACAUCAGUUUGGAAGAAGCAAAAAAGAGAAUUUAUGCCUGUAGCACCACCACUUCAGGGUUUCAGGCCGUGAUGACUGAAGCAGAGUCAGAGCAAUUUAGAGAUCUACCUGGAGUUGUCUUUAUAUUACCUGAUUCCUACAUUGAUCCCCAAAACAAGGAGUAUGGAGGUGACAAAUAUGAAAAUGGAGUAAUCACGCAUAGGCCACCACCAGUUCAGUAUGGGAGGCCGGGAGGUAGAGGGCGUGAGCGCAAUAGAAAUUAUGAGCAACCUAGAUAUGACCAGCAAGGAGGUCAAAUGCCAAACAGACAAGGGAGCCCCCAAUAUGGUUAUCAAGGACCUAUGCAUCGGGAUGCUCCACAAAAUCAUCCUCCUCAGCAAAGUUAUGGUCCCCCGGGGCAAGGUGAAAGAAGAAAUCCCAUGCCAAUGGGCAAUAUGAAUUAUGCCCCUGGUGGAAGGGAUCCGUAUCAAGGGCAGAGGAGGGAUCCAGUACCUUCAUACCAGGGAAACUAUAAUCAACAGGGUCAUAACAACAGUUACAAUCAGCAGCAGAGAGACCUGCCACAAGGAGAUAGAUGGAGCUCUGCACCUCCAGUGCAGAAUGAUUAUAGGAGCGACAAUCGGAACUAUGGACCUGCUCCUGGUGGAACAUAUGGGCAGGGUUCUGAUGGAUUUCAAGGGCAGGGUACUGGUAGUGCACAAGGCCAAGGAAUGAAUCCCAGUUAUGGACAGAAUUAUAUGGGAUAUGGCGAAGGUCAAAGGUUCACACCACCAGGGCAAAAGAAUGUGCAGGAAGACCAGUGCAGCACGCAGCAAGACCAGAGGAGCUACAGACCAGAAGGACAAGGGGGAAUUGAGCAAAGGAGAUAUUAGAGAGCUCAAAUGGGGUCCUUGGGAUGGCAAGCCUUGCAAAGAUGGUGAUUUACAUGACUUCUCUCGAGAGGAUUUGAUGUGGUUCCUGCAGGAGUCACGAUAUUACACAUGGUCAGGAUAGUAGGUUGAGAACUAAGUCCUCUUUUUAGAUCAUGUCAUUUUUCAUAUACGCUGGCGGUUCUCUCUAUAAAUAGUUGUGAGGUAUGAGAUGGAUUCCCUGUGUGUGGGUAUUUGUGCAUGCAUGCAAGUCCAAGUUCAGCAAACAUGCAUGGAAACAAUAAUAAUCACUACAAAAUGGAUAUCCCAUCUCCCUCACCAAAAUUAAUGCGAUUGUGAGCUGGAUUAUGCA